CAGCAAAUAUAAUAAAUAACACACACACACACACAUGUAUACACAAAUACAUGCCAACGUUUGAUACGGAAAUUCGCCGCCGCAGCAACACCAACAACAACAACAACAACAACGAGCGCAAAUUAAACUUUGAAAAUAUAUACAUACAUAUGUAGAAAAAAAAAUUAUUGUAUAAAAGCGCUGGCAUUAGACGUUAGCAGCAGAACGAACGCCAAGCAGCACGUCGCUAAAGCUUAAGGCAGCGUCUCACACCCACACACAGACACAUACACAUGCAUAUGGUACGUACAUAUGUAUGCAUGUGAAUAUAAUACGUAAAUACGGCUCGCAAUUAUAAAACACAAAUCUCCCGCUCUCGCUUACACAACGAUUAAGAACAGUCAACUUUUGGCUGCGUCAACUGCGCUGCCCGAUUCUUAUACAAUUUCAAUAUCAGACCGCAACGAUCGCUUCGUUCGCCCAGUCGACGCUGUCGCCUCGCGUAACUUACUUCUGAUUCUAACGGACACACACACACACACACACUCGAAGCGUAUUUGCCAAUUUGCCCGAGCGACAAGUGCGAACUCGAAUUCGUCAAUAGAGAGAGAGAGAGAGAGAGAGAGAGGGGCGACACUUACGAUUAACAAUUUGCGGCGACUCUGUAUUUAUUUUUUUUUCUGACUCGCCUCGCCGCGCCUCGAGUGCGCAACAGCGAAAAAGUUCUACAAAACAUUUGCCCCUCGUCGAUUCGCGCGACAACAAGUGUUUUUUUUAACAAAAUAACAGUACAAUCAACAUAAUAUUUGUGACACAAAUAAAAAUCUACAAUUUUAAAUAUUUUAUUAAAAUAUAAUCCUAAAGCAAAAUAAUUAUUUGGAUCUGCAAUUGGGAAUUAUUCAGAGCGCCGCAAGGAGUACUUUAUUAACUUUUAUUGUGGAUUUUGUUUCAAUUUUAUGAUUCAACCACAACCAACAUGGUCUACUAUCCCGCUAAUCAGCUGCUUAUAAAGACGGAGCAGCCCAGUCAGACGCAAUUCUGCCUGCAGACGCCACUCACCGCGACGAGCGGUGGCGGCAUUGGUGUUGCGCCACCUGGCGGUCAGCAUGAGCACUACGAGCUAUUGCAGACGCCGCAGCAGCGACAAUUGCAGCAGCUGCAACAACAGCAGCAGCAGCAACAACAGCAGCAGCAGCAACAGCAACAGCAACAGCAACUUGCCAGCUAUCAAUUGGUCCUGCAACAACAACAACAUGAAAGUAUUACAACAACAACAACAGCAACUACAGCAGCGGCAGCAGCAGCAACAACAACCGCCACACAGCAGCGCAUCAAAACAGAGCUGCCCUUGGCUUAUGGCUCAGCUGCGACAACUAAAACGGCUGCCACGCCCCGCAAGCCGAACAUUAACAAGCCGCAGUUCAAGUGCGAGCAGUGCGGCAUGACCUUUGGCAGCAAAUCGGCGCACACAUCGCACACGAAAUCGCACGCGAAGAAUGCGGAUCUCGCACUGGGCCUUAAGGGUGUCACAAUGGGCGCCAGCAGCAGCUCGAGCAGCUCCGGCAUGCCGCCGAUCGAGCUGAACGAGGCUGGCCUGCCGGUGGGCAUACCCAAGAGUCCGACCAUCAAGCCGCUGGCCAAUGUGGCCGCCGGCGCCGAUCCCUAUCAGUGCAAUGUGUGCCAGAAGACAUUUGCGGUGCCUGCGCGUUUGAUCCGGCAUUACCGGACGCACACGGGCGAGCGUCCAUUUGAGUGCGAGUUCUGUCACAAGCUGUUUAGCGUUAAGGAGAAUCUGCAGGUGCAUCGGCGCAUCCAUACCAAGGAGCGACCGUACAAGUGCGAUGUCUGUGAACGUGCCUUUGAGCAUUCCGGAAAAUUGCAUCGCCACAUGCGCAUCCAUACGGGCGAACGGCCGCACAAGUGCUCCGUCUGCGAGAAGACAUUCAUACAGUCCGGCCAGCUGGUUAUCCAUAUGCGCACGCAUACCGGCGAGAAGCCAUACAAGUGUCCGGAGCCCGGCUGCGGCAAGGGCUUCACCUGCUCCAAACAGCUAAAGGUGCACUCGCGCACCCACACCGGCGAGAAGCCGUACCAUUGCGACAUCUGCUUCCGUGACUUUGGCUACAAUCAUGUGCUCAAGCUGCAUCGUGUCCAGCAUUACGGCGCCAAGUGCUACAAGUGCACCAUAUGCGAUGAGACGUUCAAGAACAAGAAGGAGAUGGAGGCGCACAUUAAGGGUCAUGCCAAUGAGCUGCCCGAGGAUGAGGUGGAGGCCGCUGCAGCCGCUGCAGCAGCCGCCGCAGUUGCCUCAUCCAUAGCCAGCAACUCGGAGAGCAGCAACAAUUCGCCGCCCAGCUCGCCGCCGGCGGUCAAGAAGCCGCGUCAGCCGCGCAGCAUUAAAGCCGCGGCAGCAGCCGCUGCUGCCGCUGUGGCAGCUGCCAGCGCAGCGCCGCUUUCGCCCGGCUCCGUCUCAUCCAUAUACUCGCCGGCCAGCAGUCAGGCCUCGACGCCGCCGCAAUAUCUGGCCACAACGGCGCCCAACGAGCCGGAUGCACUGAGUCGCGAUAGCGGCGUCGGCAGCGCCCCUCAGCUCCUGUCCAGCUAUGCGGACGAAGAGCUGCCCACGGACUUGAGCAUGCAGCAGCAGCAGCAGCAGCAGCAGCAGCCGGCGCCGCAAAUGAUCUACUAUCAGCCACAGACGCCCAGUCUAAUGGAGCUGCAGCCCAGCACGCCCGCACCUGCGCCCUCCGGCCUGUCGGCGCUGCUGCAGGCGGCCAGCAUGGCGCGAGACGAACACGCCGAUGACAUUGACAACGAUGAGGAUGUGCAGGCGGCUGCCUUGCAAAUGAUGCAGCUGCGACGCGGACAUGCCGCCACGCCACAAUCCCAGCCACAGGCACAGCCCCAAACGCAAUCCCAAUCGCAGCCCACGUUGCAUGUCAGCGAUCUGGCGGCCAACUAUGAUGACACGCACGAGGCGAAUGUGCUCAUCGAGCACUUCAAACGCGGCGACUUGGCGCGUCAUGGACUGCACAAGGGCUAUGUGCCGGUGCCCAUGUAUGAAUCUGCCCUGCCCAAUGCGGACAUAGUGCGUCGCGUUGAGGCGGCCAUUGGACUGCGCUCCAGCACCGAAUCGCCGGAGCGCAGCUCCUCGCCCGAAAGCGAUUCCCUGAUGAUGGCCGAUCGCAAUGUGUUGACACUGCCGCUGCGCAAGCGCAAGCACUACAUGAACGAGGGCGAGGCCAGCAGCGUUGUUGGCGGCGCCGGCGGCGGCAGCAACGGGGCCAAUAAUAGUGCAGCAGGCGGCAUCAACGAGGCGGUGGCAACAAUAGCCACUGCACCAAAUGCCACAACAGAUGUUGCCGCCAAUGCUGCCGGCGCCAAGGUGAUGCGCAUGAGCUCCGUCAUCCAGUUUGCCAAGGCCACGUAGUGGAGGCAGCGGCAAGGGCAAGGGCAGCUCCAACUAAUCAGCAUAAAGACUGUUCAAUAAAUUCUAACUGAAAUUAGUUUUAGUUUAAAAAUUUAAUGUUUAAAUUGCAUGCAGCAGACCCGUCAAUGUUUGUGUUUGUAUUUGUUUUCUUUUCUAAGCAGCAAGAAAUGCCAAAAGUAUUAUAAAAAAGCAAAAAAAUCUUUUAAAACAAAAAGAAGAUAAGCAAAAAAUUGUAUGUCCUAUUACGUUUAUAUACUUUUAGUAUGUGUAUUUUGUUAAAUGUUUCGUAUAUAUAUUUUCAUUUAAUUUUUAAUUUUGUGCGUUGUGUUUUUUGUUUAAGUCACAUUGCAACAACAAUUGGCAUUGCACAAAAUCAACCACGAAAAAACAACAACAACAACACAUAACAAUAAUAAGCUACGUACAUAAUGAAAUACAAUUAAAUAUUUAUGCUAAUUAAGGCCAUAUUGGCAAUAUGCAGCAGCAGCAACUAAAUACAAUUAAUAUACAAUACAUACACAUAUAAUUCUAAACUAAAACUACAUAUAACAUAUAACUGCAAUUAUAUAAUUAUGUAACUAAUGCGCGCCCAUCAAUUCAUUAUAUGUUUAAGUGAUCAUCCAAAAUUUAAAUCAAUUUGAUAUGCAUUUUAUAUUUGAUACAAGCGUAAACUAAAAAACAAAAAAAAAAAAAAACAGAAAUAAUAUAAAGAAUUGAAACGAAACGUAAGAAACAAAGAUCAUGCAACAAAAAUUCACUUCAAAUGUAAAUCACAAUUUAAUACACUAUUUUACUAUACGGAGAAUAAUGAACUGAUAAGCAAAGAGCAAGCAAGCAUAAUUAAGUUUAAAUUAAACGCAAAUAAAAAAAAUUACAAAAAAAAAAUAAACAAAAAAAAAAACAAAGCAAAAAGCUAUGUAAACGCAUAUUUAGUGUGCGCCAUAAAUAAUUUUUUGUAAACGCUAAGUAAUAUACAUAUAGUUAUAAAUUGUAGCAUGAAAUAUUUCAAGCAAGCGCAAGCGAAAUAAUAAAAAACCAAA